GCAGCCGCCUCCUGCAGUGACAUCACCUCCUCCGCAGGACGUCUGGACCAGCUCCUCGCUCACGCUCAGGAAUUCUCUCUCUGAGGAACUUAAAGAAAAAAGCUCUGGAUGUGUUCGGGCUCGUGGGGAUUUUUGUUUCCUCGUCCUCACCUGGAUUUUCUGAGUCGAGGUGGAACGUUUGAAAAAGGACAGUGAAUAAAUGUUUUGAUCUCUUUGAUCUGGGACAAACUCUGAGGGAAAAGAUGUUCUGCUCCAGGAGGCUCCUGCAGCAGUGGUGCUUCGCUCUCUUCCUGCUCUGCUCCCCGGUGCCGCACUUCGGACGUCCCAUCGAUGCCCUGAGCAGCAGAAUAAAACGCUCCGUCACUCACGCUCAGCUGAUGCACGACAAAGGUCGCGCCCUCCAGGACUUUAAGCGGCGCAUGUGGCUGCAGGAGCUUCUGGACGAAGUUCACACGGCCGAGAUCCGGGACCUCCCGGUCCGAACCGUCGGGGCAGGGGGGGGCAGCGGCGGGGCCGGCGGGGGUCUGCCCGGCGUCAGCCUGGGCAUCAACCUCAGCACCACCGGCAGCACCCUGCACUCCAAACCCGCCGGAGGAACCAAGAACCUUCCGGUCGCCUUCGGCCUGGAGGACGAGGAGGGAACCAACCUGCCGCAGGAAACCAACAAGUCUCCGACGUUCAAGUCUCCCGGGAAGAAGAAGAAGAAAGGACGAGCCGGGAAGAGGAGGGAGGGGGAGAAGAGGAAGAGGAGGGUGCGUUCAUUAGGUCAGAGGGAGGAGGAGUGGAGGGCGCUGCUCGGCCUGCGGGGGGCGCUGCUCUAAAACGCUGUCACACUGACGAAGAACCGUGCGGGGGGGUGGAGCGGACUCCUAAACACUCACGUUGCACUCGUGUGUCAUCGUGAUUGUUUGGAAAGAAACUGUAAAAUAUUUAUUGUCUGUAAAUAUUCUAAAUAUCGCAGAAUAUGAUAAAAAAACGCGUUGAUGCUCUUUGGGGCGACAGAUUUUAAUCUUUGUGAAUCCUCGCUUUUCUCUUUUUUUAUUCCAAUUAUGUCAGAUUUUU